AUGUGGGUUCAGAACUUCUUUUUUGUUGCCGGCAUCCUUUGCCAAAUAUGUCAAGGUAGACAAUUCCACUUGGACGUUGCUCAAAAUGUUGCAUGUCUCGAUAUCAAAGCUCCGACCACAAUUGAUAUUACACGAACUAUGGGUCAGGACCCAUUGCCCCUCUUGGUGUUUGAUUAUAGGCACAGAACGAUGUUCAAAAACUUGCCAAAUUUUGACUUUUUAACCACUGAUGGGAAAUUAGAAGAAUACUAUGAGUAUGGACAAUUUACACUUUCCAAAACUGAUACUGUUUAUACUUACAACGAUAUUUUAGAGGAUAAGCCUUUAUCUUUUGAUAUAGACUCAAAUGGUGUAUGGUGCGUUUAUGCUCCCAAGAUUGGCUCUUAUGAGUACAAGGUGAGCGUUGAUGAAGGUCCUGGAUAUUAUGAGAAAUACGACGAUAUAUGGUACUGUAUCGUCAACAUUGUGAGUGCGAUAAUUGUGAUACAGUUAUUUUUUUACCGAAACUGUCCUAUCAUCUUUAGAAGCAUAUCUAUUUUUCAAUUAAUCAAGAUCGGCAUUUUCUUAGCAACGGCGGUAUUGGCUUUGCUCAAUGUGCGAGUCAUAAGCUAUGCCGAGAAUAUUGUGGUUGCCCUUGACGAAAUUGUAACGUUGUUGUUUUUAAUGGGUUAUGGGCUUACCUACUCUAAGUAUGGAGACGAAAAUGUCAACAAGAUUUUACUAAUCGUUAUAUUGACUGUCUUGCCAACGUUUGCUUCGAGAUACUUUGACUUGAAAACCGAUGAUCAUUUCUUGCAAAUCAAUAAUACAGGCUAUACUGUGGUUCAAGGAGUACUAGGUGCGGCCAACUAUGAUGGAUUAAGCUCGGUAGAACGACUUGCAAGAGAAUAUAGAAUCAAUCAUUAUAGUGGACCAGUAGCAUUACUUGUUGCAUUUGCAAACUUGGCCAAAAUAAGUGUCUACGUCUACGCCAUUCGCCGCACUUUGAAAAAUUUGACAACCGUGAAUCCAAUAGCGAAACCUUAUUACAAAUGGACUAUUGCUUUAUGGCUAUUUUCGUGGCUGUUGGUAUGUGCAGCUUGUGCUCCAGACUUGAAUUAUUCUUAUUUCAAUAUCGUUGACUAUCGAAAAGUGUUGAGACGAUUUUUGCUAGAAAGUUUGCGCAACAAGUACAUUUCAUUUUUGUGGGAUGAAUCACACUGGAUUGUGUUCAGACUCAUUUGGUUUUACAAGAAAGGUCUCUUGGUGGACAAUAGCCACGUAGUGGAAAAGAAGGUACAGUAG